UUACAAAAUAUUAAACAUCUCAAAUCCAAUGCCGCAGCAUUAUGAAUCCCAUUUGCAGGCUUGCUAUUGAUCAGCCCGAGUGUCAGCAAUGGAUGGAUGAAGUGUUCAAAAUAUGCGGUGAGAUCUUUAGCAGGGAAAUGGUAGAAUCCGCCUGGUGGCAGGACGAAACACCCGCCGUAUACAAGGCGGACUUGCAAGACCUGACCGCCUAUGAUUGUCACAAGCUGAAGCGUGAUCUGCCCAGAGAAGUGGCGGCCACAGAGUCCGAAUCAUCGCAUGACGAAGCCUUUCUUUGGUGGCACAAGGUGCUGCUGGUUGUGGCCUAUUUUGUGGUCUUUGGGGCGUUCAUCUUGCUGUAUCGAUGGGUCGAUGCCAAAUGCAGACAUGUGAAGAUUGAUGAGGAACCAGAAGCUAUCGAACCGGAGGAGGCCCCGGAAUCGGAGCCUGAGGAAUCACCAAAGCAGAAGAAAAAGAAGAAGACGGUCAAGGGUUGGUUGCGUCGCCAGUGUCGCCACAUGUUUGUCCACAGCGAGGCGGAGCUGCGGCGCCAGAAGGCCAAGCGGGAGAAGGAGGAGAAGGUGCACGAGGAGCACACACAGCGCAAGAUCGAGAAGUGGACACAUGCCCGAGAGCGGGAGGAGCAGAAAAGGCGGGACAGGGAGGAAAGAAAGAAAAGCGCCAGAGUCCUGAAGUCCUCAAGUCCUGAAUCUCUUUAAUCUGUGGCCCGAAAUACAAUCGUUUCUAUUUUCCCAUGGCCAGAAUCUUUUUACUCGCGCUCCAGUCACACAUCCUCCAGAUCAUCCAGCCGGCCCAGCCGCGUGCUGGUGCGCUCCUCCUCCAUCCAUGGCAGUAUGCGCCAUGUGGCGCAAGUCCGAUUCGUCCGCAAAACUUUGCUGGUCAUAGCCAAAGAUUUGCCGAAUGUGUCAUCUUCCUCCUCGACAAUAAAGUCCCGUUUUCCCUUCAAUUUGUCCUCAUCCCC